CAUAACUAAUGUCAGGCUUACUGGUCCAGAAGAAUCAUUAAUCGAGGGAGAAUCAUCUGCUAACAUCAGCUCUGAGGGAACUGGCAGCAUCAGCUCUGUGCAGUGGAUGAAAGAUAACAGUCCUCUGUCUCCUAGCAACAGAAUCAGCUUCUCAUCUGAUAACAGAUCAGUGUCCAUCAGUCCAGUGCAGAGAUCAGACAGUGGAGAAUAUCAGUGUACAUAUAGAAACCCUGUCAGCUCCGAGACGACUAAACUCAGUCUGAUCAUCAACUAUGGACCAGAAGCUGUUUCUAUUAAGGGUCAGGAUGUGGUGGAUUUAGGGGUUCGAGUGUCGCUCUCUUGUUCUGCAAAUUCUGAACCUUCUGCCUCAUUCAGCUGGAAGUUUAAUGAAACAGACACUAAUGUGACCACAGACACAUUCACCAUAGAUCAGACUGACUUCACACACAGUGGAGAUUAUGAGUGCACAGCUUUGAAAAGAGUCACAAAGAGAAGCAUCUCAGAAAAACAUGCGUUACUAGUUAAAGUGGGAGGAGGAGGAGGAGGAGGAGGAGGAGGAGGGCUGUCAUCAGGGGCGAUAGCUGGGAUUCUCACAGAAUUAACAUCAAUAAUCCAGAACAAAACCUACAACAAAUCAGACCAGCAAGUGGAGCAGCACAAACAAGACAGGAGCCUUUUCUUCAGAUCACAUACAUCUCCAUCUCCUACAACAACCUUUAGUGUCCAACAGCUGUUUAUCAACAGAUCUCUCUCUCUCUCUCUCUCUCUCUCUCUCUGUCAGCUUUUCCUUGCCUAUUUCUCUGAACUGUUAUUCAUAAUUAAUUUACACAUUUUUGCUCUCUUUCUUCCUUUCUCUUUUUCAUCAUGGCAUAUUUUCAAAGCUCAGAAUCGAAUUUUGAUCGGUUAUGUCAAAAAGCUGCUAAUAUUAACAGCUAAAAAGGAAGACCAAAGGAAGGCCUGCCGAACUCUUGUCUUGUCUUGUUUGUGGAGAGGGAUGAAUUUGGCCAUCUUGUGUGUUUAUGGAGAAGACCAAAAGCUGCAAAGGCAAACAUUUCCAAUGGAUUUCUCACAUACUACACCAUCAGCUCUCCACAAUAUCAGCCCUUUCAAAAGCUUCCACAUCUCUGUCUCUCUCUCUGCUCUCACAUCUGCUCUCAGUCCUUUACUACCAACUUGCAGUCUUAGCAUGUCUACGUGUAUUAAUUUUUCCUCUACAGUCAACACUCCCAUCUCUACUGUGAGCACUUCUGUCGCUAUCACUAUGACUUUUAUAAUUAUAAAAUUAUAAUUGUUAUCAACCAUUUUAAUUUGUCUUGCAUAUAGUCACAAUAGAAGAAACAAUAAUUACAGGAUAUAUAUUUUUAGCCUAUUUGUUCAUUAAAGGGAAAAAAAAUAACGUCUUUUCAAUUGGAGGCUCAAAACUUCCAGUUUGUAAAAUAUUAUUUGGCAUCUUAUAACGUUUUUCUGUAAACAAACUCUCUUUUUCAUUUUGAAUGUUAGACAGUUUUUUUUUAAAGGGGUCUUCUAUUGCAUACUUUUUAGUUACAUGUUUGUUUCCAUGUACCCAUUAAUUACUUUAUCAAUCAGUCAUUGAUUUAAGUUGUUAUAUUUCACUAUAAUUGAUUACGUUUUUGCAGAUACAUUUUCAUAACCAACGACUUUUUUUUUUUUUUUUUUCUGUUUUUUUUCAUAGUGACACAAACUAGAGAGAGAAUGCUGUUCUAUGUUUGUCUUGGAAACGUU